CAAAGGCGGAAGUUCAGAGGUCAUGCAAAUGAAAGGUAGGAUAAACAUGGAUUCCAGUGUAAACAGCGAGUUUGCGUCGCCUUUUCUGUGUUCGCGCUGGAUCUGAGCGGAUGUAGCCUUUGCUGUGGCGCUUUAAUUGGACUGAAGAUGUUUGGAUGUCGUCGCGGUUGAUAUUUACAGUCACUCCUGCGAACGCAAAGCGCUGAAGACGGGAUGAUGGUGUCCGUCAGAGGCCUGUAUUUCGUCGUCACUCUGUUCCUGGGCAGUUUCUUCGGCAGCAUCUUCAUGUUGGGUCCCGUUCUGCCGCUCAUGCUGUUCUCGCCCGCCUGGUACCGAUGGAUCACCGACCGCAUCGUGGCCACGUGGCUCACCCUACCGGUGGCGCUGCUGGAGCUGGUGUUCGGGGUGAAGGUGGUGAUAACGGGCGACGGCUUCGUUCCCGGCGAGCGGAGCGUCAUCAUCAUGAACCACCGCACGCGUCUGGACUGGAUGUUCCUGUGGUGCUGCCUGCUGCGGUACAGCUACCUGCGUCUGGAGAAGAUCUGCCUGAAAGCGGCGCUCAAGGCCGUGCCCGGCUUCGGCUGGGCGAUGCAGGUGGCCUCCUUCAUCUUCAUCCAGCGGCGCUGGGAGGACGACCGCAGUCACAUGGCCAACAUGCUGCAGUAUUUCUGCCACAUCAAGGAGCCGCUGCAGCUGCUGCUGUUCCCCGAAGGCACCGACCUCACCGAAAACACUCGCGCCAGGAGUGACGAGUUCGCUGAGAAAAACGGCCUUCCAAAGUACGAGUACGUCCUUCAUCCACGAACCACCGGCUUCACCUUCAUCGUUGACACGCUGCGGAAAGGCGAUAACCUUGAUGCCGUCCACGAUAUCACGGUGGCGUAUCCUCAGAACAUCCCGCAGACGGAGCGUCACCUGAUUCUGGGUCUGUUCCCGCGCGAGAUCCACUUCCACGUGCGGCGCUACGCGGCGGCGUCUCUGCCCGCGGGAUCGGCGCAGCUGCAGCAGUGGUGUCAGGAGCGCUGGCAGGAGAAAGAGCGGCGGCUGCGCGACUUUUACCGCGCCGACCCGCGCCUCUUCGACGAGCCCGAGGCCCGCGUGCCGCCCUGCAAGAGCGAGCUGAGAGUGGCGCUGAUCAAGGCCGCGUCGCUGCUGUACUGGAGCGCCUUCGUCGCGCUCUCCUUCGCCGGCCUGUGGCUCUGGGCUCCCGUCCGCGUCUACUUCCUGUUGAUGGUGAUCUUCUUCCUGGGGCAGCAGCGGGUGACGGGCGGCGUGGAGCUGAUGGAGCUGGCGUGUCACCGGCACUGGAACGGCGGGAGUUCGCUGGAGGCGAAGGAGGAGUGAGAGACACGUUUGAUCCGUUUGCGUACGUAAACACGGGCCGCGGCGCCUCCUGCCGGAUGAGAGGAUGAAGCGCAGCCGCCCGCGGGAGACACACGCUGCGCUGCUGCUGCGCGUGCGGGGUCAGAGCGACUCGACGUCAUUAUAAACGCAGGCGGCUCGCGCCGUUCAACAUUUAUCACUGUGCGAACGUGAACGUCGUACCGCACGUCUUUCCUCCUUCUACUCUUUCAGGUUUUUGUGUUUCUCGUUUGUUUCCUCCUGUGUUAGUAGCUUGAAUCGAAACCAGUUACAGCCAUAUUUUAAAGAAUUAUGAUGUUUUAUUUGGUUUGUUUGGUGUAUUUAUGUUUUAUAUUGACGGAACACAGCCAUAGCACAUUAGCUUUGAGCGCUCGUGAAAAAUAAUGUCAUUACGGCAAAACCCCAGCGUCCUGAUGCUCCUCUGCUGCUCAUCAGGAGCGCGUCGUGUGUGUUUCUGGAAGCGGACGCUGCUCUCGCGUGCAUGGCUCAGUUAACGUGACAGAAGAGCAGUGAUGAAGCAGAACGUCCAGCUGGAAUCAACAUGUGACGUUCUCGGACAAUCCUCAUGUAAAUCAGGGCUGAGUUACCAAUAUAAUAACUGACCGAACCCUCUGACCUUUGACCUUUCAUCGUGUCACUCAUACCACACCGGUAACCGUAACCAGCGGCGCCCGGCGUGUCAGUGGCGUGUGUUAUUGUGACGGAGGAAGACCGGCUCACUGUGAUGGAGAUCAGUGUCUGCGUUCACACGUGUUUCUCGUCACGUUCACGUACGGCCGUCACGAUCACUCAGGUAUAUUCAGCCACUGUAACUAACCACUGCUGAGCAGAUCAAUAAUCAGUACGCCAAUAAAUCAAUCUUCUGUGUUCCUUUCA